AUGGCCUUUCAGGAGCUCCUGGAUCAAGUUGGUGGCCUGGGGAAAUUCCAGAUCCUUCAGAUGGUUUUAAUUCUUCCCUCUUUGAUGAUGGUAAUAUGUCAAAUAUUGUUGGAGAACUUCACUGCAGCCAUUCCUGGUCAUCGCUGCUGGGUGCACAUCCUUGACAAUGACACAGUUUCUGAUAAUGAUACUGGGAUCCUUAGCCCUGAUGCCCUCCUGAGAAUCUCCAUCCCACUGGACUCAGACUUGAGGCUGGAGAAAUGUCACCGCUUUAUCCAUCCCCAGUGGCAGCUUCUUCAUCUGAAUGGAACCUUCGCCAACAUGACUGAGCCAGACAAAGAGACUUGUCUGGAUGGCUGGGUGUAUGACCAAAGCUCCUUCCUCUCCACCAUUGUGACUGAGUGGGACCUAGUAUGUAAUUUUCAGCUACAGAAAUCAAUUGUUCAAUUCUUAUUCAUGGCUGGAAUGCUGGUGGGAGGCCUCAUAGGUGGUCAUCUUUCAGACAGGUUUGGGAGAAAGUUGAUUCUCAGGUGGUGUCUCCUACAGCUUACCAUCUUUGGGACCAGUUCAGCUUUUGCCCCCACCUUCCUCAUUUACUGCUCACUACGCUUCUUGUCAGGUUGUUCUUCCAUUGUCAUCCUGACAAAUGGUGCUAUGCUCAUCGUAGAAUGGAUAAGGCCCCCAUCUAAAGUCAUGGCAAUAACACUGAUAACUUGUGCCUUAAGUAUGGGACAGAUACUAUUGGGAGGACUGGCAUUUGCCUUUCGAGAGUGGCGCACUCUGCAGCUGGUGGUGUCUGUACCUUUCCUUGUCUUCUUUCUCUCCUCAAGGCAGAUAGUGGAAUCUGCUCGAUGGCUGAUUGUCAACAAUAAACCAGAGGAGGGCUUGAAGGCACUUAGAAAAGUUGCACACACAAAUGGAAUUCAGAAUGCUGGAGAUGCCCUGACCUUGGAGAGUUUGAGAUCCAGCAUGCAAGAUGAGCUGGAGGCAGCACAGACCAAAGCUACUGAGUUCGACUUGUUCCGCACCCCCAGCUUGCGUAAGAGAACCUGUCUCCUGCUAUUUGUGAGAUUUGCAAUCACAAUACCCUUUUAUGGCAUCAUGAUCAAUCUACAGCACUUUGGGAGCAAUAUUUUCCUGUUCCAGGUAGUCUUUGGAGCUCUCACUGCCAUAGUCCGAUGUCUUCCUCUUUUAGUACAGAAUCAUAUGGGCCGUCGAACAACCCAGACACUUUUCAUGUUCCUGGUGGGACUUUCUGUUUUGGUCAACACCUUUGUGCCCCAAGAAAUGCAGACUCUGCGUGUGUCUUUGGCAAGUGUGGGAAUCAGCUUUUCUGCUGCUUCUGUCACAAGUUUUUCUGUCCACCUCAUUGAACUCAUCCCCACAGUCCUCAGGGCAAGAGCUUUAGGACUAGACACAGUGGCUAGUAGGUGUGGGGCAACACUGGCUCCCCUCUUGAUGACCUUAAUGGCCUAUCUUUCCACUUUGCCCUGGAUCAUCUAUGGAGUCUUUCCCAUCAUUGCUGGUCUUGUUGUCCUUUUCCUACCUGAAACAAGGAAUCUUCCUCUGCUUGACACCAUCCAUGAUGUGAAAAAUAACAAAGAAUUCUCAAGAAAAGUAAAUGAAGUAAAUGAAAUAAAUUCCUCUGUAAAAGUGACAAAAGUUUAAGGUGUUUUCAUGAGCUGAUUGGUGAGGAAAAGAAAACUAUGAAAGAAAAAUAAAACACAGGAAUUUUCUUUUAUAUCUACAAACUAUCAAGAAAAUAUACUGGAAAAUGAAUCUCAUUUGCAUUUAUUGUAUUAAUUUGCAGCUAAAGAAAUAAUUUGUGGGAACAUGUAAUUCUAUGAACAAACUAAUCUUUUUGGAAAGUAGUUGAAAGUUUCAAAUUUAUUGGCAAAUUAUUAUUAAUACACAAGAUGAUUCAGAAACAAAGGAAAACCACAGAAUUAAGAUGUAGCUGGCUGAGAGAGAGAAAAAAGA